GUUAGGGAGAGUGGGCUGGUGGAUUACUUUGGGAGUUAGGGGGGAGUGGGCUGGUGGAUUACUUUGGGAGUCUGCUGGUGGAUUACUUUGGGCUCGACCCUUUCAAGGCGGUGGUGGAGUCCGUGGGACCCCGCCGACGAGAAGAAGAGCCAUGUGUCUGCCGUGCCUCCUCGCCCAGGUGGCAUGUUGCUUCGGAUCGACCGCCUGCUCGCUAUGCUGCGCAUGCUGCCCCACCAUCAAGGAGUCGACGGGCUCGCGCAUCAUGUACACAUUCUACCACAUCUUGGGCACCAUCGUCUGCUGUCUCAUGCUGGCCCCAACCAUCUCCGAGUCGCUGAAAAACAAUGUGCCCUUUUACUCGGACUUCUGCAACGCCAUCCAGGCCGGCGUGGACUGUGAGAAGCUGGUUGGCUACUCGGCGGUGUACAAAGUCUGCUUUGGGAUGUCGGCCUUCUUCUUCCUUUUCGCCAUCAUUCUCAUCAACGUGAAGACGAGCAAAGACUGCCGCUCCUACAUACACAACGGGUUUUGGUUUUUGAAGUUCCUCAUGCUGGCAGGAUUUUGUGCAGGGGCAUUCUUUAUUCCAGAUCAGAACACCUUUCUAAAAGUGUGGCAGUAUAUUGGGAUGGUUGGAGGUUUCCUGUUCAUCCUCAUUCAGCUCAUUCUUCUCAUCGAGUUUGCUCACUCCUGGAACAAAAACUGGCUCACCGGUGCCGAGCAGAACAAGGCCUGGUACGCGGCGCUCAUCACCGUCACGCUGAUUUUCUACGCGGCGGCCAUCGCCGCCUUCGCCCUCAUGAUCGUGUUCUACACGAACCCGUUGGGCUGCGCCCUCAACAAGGGCCUCCUGUCUCUCAACCUCGUCCUCUGCGUGGUCGUCUCGCUGCUCGCCAUCUCACCCUGCGUGCAGAAGCGGCAACCACGGUCCGGACUGCUGCAGGCAUCCAUCAUCAGCUGUUAUGUCAUGUACCUGACGUUCUCCGCCGUGACAAGCCGCCCUGCUGAGACCGUCAUCAAUGCGAGCGGAAUGAACCAGACGAUCUGCUUCCCAAGCUCGAGCGAGGAUGGGCAGCGGAUCGGUGACACGGUGGUCGCCAUCGUGGGCUCCAUCAUCAUGUACGGCUGCGUGCUCUUCGCAUGCUGCUGGAGAUGCCACCACUCACUGCAAUGUUUAACAAUCUACUCAUGGCCCCUGAAUCUCAAGAAUCCAACCAAAUCACCCGGUGUUGGAUCCCCUGUGCGCUCGUCUGUGGCUGCUCUGGGUAUUUCCAGCGACGAACGGCCGUCUGCGACAGAGGCGUCUUGUUGUUUUUGCUGCGUCCAAGACGAGGAUGGUGCGGUCUACGAAGAGCCGGAAGAUGGGGGAGGACAGAAGGUGGUCUUUAACGAACGUGACGGCGUGGUGUACAGCUACUCCUUCUUCCACUUCGUUUACUUCCUCGCCUCGCUAUACAUCAUGAUGACACUCACCAAUUGGUUCAGCUACGAGAACGCCCGGCUCGACACGGCAUUCACGCAAGGCAGUUGGUCCACCUUCUGGGUGAAGAUGGCUUCAUGCUGGGUGUGCCUCUCCAUCUACACGUGGACUCUGCUUGCCCCUCUCUGCUGCCCUGGUCGUGACUUUUCGGACUAAAUGCACCCGCGCCGGAAUGCCAACCCACCUUGCCACCUGCCUUUGCUGUGCCCCCAUGUGUUGCAGAUUUCUGCUCUACCACGAUUUAAGUGACCCACGUUAUAUGCACCGAAUCUGUUGUCCCUGUAAAAUGGCUGACUUUGCCAUCAGGUAAAUAUUGCAUGCUUCUAUACGAGAUGUUUUACAUUGAUUUAAAUUUGAGUGUUUGCUCCCUGGUAAUUGGACCACGUAACCAGUUUAUGGGUCAUAAUUUUAGGAAGCUUCAAAUUCUGUCUCAGGUUUUCUAGUUUCACAUAUUUAGAUAAUAAAUGCAGGUGUUUGAUAUAUAAUUGAAAUAGCAGAACUCAUUUCUGGGUCUGCAUGUAAAAAUACAAAUAAUUCCUAGUCCAUCAGUGUAUUGGCUUUCCAGACCAAAUAGUAUCAUGCGAAAUUGUUUAAGCGGCCAAAUGCUGGACUGGUGUCAACAUUCUCGGUCUCGUCAGCAGAGUAGAGUCAGGCUUUGUUAAAUAAAUGUUGCCAAUAGGCCGAUGGACUAAAAUAUAUUUGUAUUAUUAUGUGGAGACACAGAAUGGAUUACGCUUAUAAUUAUGUUAACCCAUAAUGCAUCACGGCAACACAUAAUGAUUAUAUUCUUGCAAUCCGAGUUUAACAAUUAUGAUGCACCAGUGUUGAGUUUCAAUUGGCCACGGUGACGCUCUGGUUAAGGCACUUCACUCAAAGUUGGAAACUUCUCAGUUAAAGUCCCGUGUUAGGAACCGACUUGGCCUAUCAUCACUCCAUUGUUGAAAUAAUAAGUACCGUUUUGUCGGAGGUCAACAGUACUUAUCCUUGGGAAGAUUGGCCUUUUGCCAUGUAAAUUUAGAAUUUCCACCACUGGUUUAGAGUUGCCACUGAAGGCCAAUGUUUUAUUAAAACUGUAUCUCCACAGUAGGGAGAGAAAAAUAUAUAUGGAACUUGCAGGUAAUGUCCUAAUAAACAGAUUCAAUAGCUUCGAAGAGCAAACUGAUUAAAUUGAUGUCAACCCUUUAAUUAUGAAUUAACUAGCAUAGCACGUAGAAAAGUAGGUUAAAGUUUGAGGAGCAAAUAGAGAACUAGAUACACACUGUGUGUAAAUUACCGGAAACUUCACACAGUAAUGUGAAUGUAGUUACAUUCUGAAAAUGAACUUGACAUUAAACCAAAUUAACAACUGUGUAAACACUUAAAACGUGGUCAGUGCUUAUCUUCAAAGUUCUUGUUAAUGAUGUUAAUGUAUAAAGACUUUUCAGUGACAUGUUGCAAUUGGAGGCAAUUUUUUGAUACAUUUUAUCCAGCUUUCUAUUUACACAUAUCUUUUAAUGUAAGCAAAUGGUUUAUAUUCCAGAACAAUGAUUUCAGCAUAUCGAUACGUUUGCCACAGUUAAUUUCGCCUAACUGCUUGUCCCAUAAUCGCUUGCAUAGAUUUUCAUCGCACUCAUAGAAUAUGCUGAUGAACUUUUAAGUUAUUUUCUAUACUUACAAGCACUCCUGAUAGAAUUGUUUAACAUUAUAAUUGCUAUUAGUACAAUAUGUUAAAUAAGAAGCGUGUAUGCUUUUACUCGUUUAACUUAUAUGUAUUUGUUGUCAUUAGUGCAUUUCAUGCUUUGCAUUAUAAAGAUACGUUAUAAAACCAACAAGCAUGUAAUGAUCCGCGAUUUUAUUAAAAACAUAUUUAACUUUGUGUCUCGUU